AUGAGAUCAUUCAAGUUUUUCGUUGUCUUGCGUUUGAUGUACAAAAUUAUAGGAAUUACUGAAAUAUUAUGUCAAGGUCUUCAAAAGAAAACACAAGACACAGUUAUUGUCAUGUCUUUGGUCUCAACCACAAAAGAACUACUUCGAGAAUUGAGAGAAGAGGGUUGGAAAUAUUUUAUUACAACUGUGGUUGACUUUUGUAUUCCACAUGAUGUUCAUAUACCUGAUAUGGAGGCUCACUAUAUUAUGGGUACAGGUCGUUUUUGUCAGCAUCGUGAUAAUAUCACAGAAGAUCAUCAUUAUCGUGUUGAUACAUUUAAUGUUAAAAUUGACUGUCAGUUAUUAGAUUUGGAUCUUUGUCUUUGUAAUCUUGCUGAGAAGUUAUAUCCUCUAGAUUUCUGUCAGCAAGAGGUACACAUUUUGAGAAAUGAGUUACAACAUUAUGGCCAGGAUGUACUUAGUCAUUUGAGUUUUCAGAUCUUAUCAAUUGUUUCUGAGUUGCGUCGCAAGCUAGUAGUUACCAAGAAGCAAGUCAGAAAGAUAUUUUUCAACGAUGAAAUAGUUAAAACAGCUGCCCGCAACAAAAUAGAAGAAGAUUUUCUUAGAGAUUGCAUGAAGAUCUACAUCGAACAAGUCAUUGCAUGA